AGCAUCUCGGCCCAGAAUGGCCAGUUAUUCCCUUUACGACUCAAAUUUAAGAACCGGAAGUGUCCAGGAACGUAACUACAACACAGCUCCCGUUGUCUUUUCUAGGUUUCAGUUGUAUUUCUGUGGUUGAACUACCUGCCUCGCUACCGCUAGGCGUUUUCUUGCUUUAGCCACAGACAAUUUCCAACCGGGGGAAAACAGACACAGCUCUGACAGCAUUAAAACAGGUUGUGUCCAGCCAUGGCUUUCAGCAAAGGUUAUCGUAUUUAUCAUAAACUGGACCCGCCUCCAUACAGUGUGAUUGUGGAAACCAGAAAUCGAGAGGAAUGCCUGAUGUUUGAGUCUGGAGCUGUUGCUGUACUGUCUGCAGCUGAGAAAGAGACCAUUAAAACAGCAUACACCAAAAUGCUGGAUGCUUAUGGAAUCCUUGGAGUUCUUCGUCUUAACCUCGGGGAUUCUAUGCUGCACAGUCUGGUGGUCGUGACAGGAUGCAGUUCUGUUGGCAAAGUUCAGGAUUCUGAAGUCUUUCGUGUAACUGGCACAGAGUUUGUUUCUCUUAAGAACGACCCUACAGAUGAGGACCGGAUUGCGGAUGUCAGGAAAGUCCUAAACUCUGGCAACUUCUACUUUGCCUGGUCCUCCACCGGAGUGAGUCUGGACCUCAGCUUGAACGCACACCGUAGAAUCCGAGAAGAUACAUCUGACAAUCGAUUUUUCUGGAAUCAGUCCCUGCAUCUCCAUCUCAAGCAUUAUGGGGUGAACUGUGAUGAUUGGCUGUUGAGGUUAAUGUGUGGAGGAGUCGAGAUCCGCACCAUUUACGCUGGGCACAAGCAGGCCAAGGCUUGCGUGAUCUCUCGGCUUAGCUCUGAGCGGGCAGGCACUCGUUUCAACGUCCGGGGAGCAAAUGACGAUGGUCAGGUGGCCAACUUUGUUGAGACUGAACAGGUUAUUUUUCUUGACGACAAAGUGUCAUCCUUCAUUCAGAUCCGAGGGUCAAUACCUUUAUUCUGGGAGCAGCCGGGUAUUCAGGUCGGUUCCCACCGUGUCAAGCUGUCUCGUGGUUUUGAAGCAAACGCACCGGCUUUUGAGAGACAUUUUAGUGCUUUGAGGAUGCUGUAUGGCAAACAGUUGAUCAUCAACCUGCUUGGUAUGAAGGAGGGCGAGCACAUGCUAAGCAAAGCAUUCCAGAGUCACCUGAAAGCUUCAGAUCAUGCCAACGCUGUGAAAAUGUUGAACUUUGACUAUCAUCAGAUGGUUAAAGGCGGGAAGACUGAAAAGCUCAACACUGUUCUGAAACCUCAGAUUAGCAAAUUUCUAGAGGAAUGUGGUUUCUUCAGCUAUUCGGCAGAAUCUGCCAUUAAGAGAUGUCAAUCUGGGUCCAUUCGUUCCAAUUGUCUGGACUGCUUGGACAGGACCAACAGCGUCCAGGCCUUUAUUGCGCUUGAGAUGCUUCCACAACAGUUGGAAGACAUGGGUCUGACUGAGAAGCCUCAGCUGGUCGCACGGUUUCAGGAAGUCUUCCGUACCAUGUGGUCUACCAAUGGAGACUCGAUCAGCAAGAUCUACGCAGGCACUGGCGCUCUGGAUGGCAAAGCAAAGGGUGGAAAGCUGAAAGACGGAGCUCGUUCGGUCACCAGAACCAUCCAGAACAACUUCUUUGACAGCUCUAAACAGGAAGCCAUUGACAUCCUGAGACUGGGCAGCACCCUCAACAGCGACCUGGCAGAUAAAGCACGAGCCCUCCUCACGACCGGCAGCCUGUACGUCACUGAGCCAAUUUUACAGUCAGCUUCUCCCAGGGUGCUGCUGGGUAUGUGUCAGAACCACUACAAAUACACACGGCCCAAGAAGAUCAGAGUGUGCGUGGGCACUUGGAACGUAAAUGGCGGCAAGCAGUUCCGUAGCAUUGCGUUUCGUAACCACACUCUCAACGAUUGGCUCCUGGAUGCCCCUAAAAAAGCGGGUCACCCAGAAUUCCAAGAUAGCAAGUCUAACCCUGUGGACAUAUUUGCUAUCGGCUUUGAGGAAAUGGUGGAGCUGAAUGCAGGCAAUAUCGUCAGCGCGAGCACCACCAAUCAGAAGCUGUGGGCUGCCGAGCUACAGAAGAACAUCUCACGGGAUCAGAGAUAUGUGCUGCUGGCGUCGGAACAGCUGGUGGGCGUGUGUCUGUUUGUCUUCGUACGCCCUCAGCAUGCACCUUUCAUCAGGGAUGUUGCAGUCGAUACAGUAAAGACCGGAAUGGGCGGGGCCACUGGUAAUAAAGGAGGUGUGGCCAUUCGCAUGCUCUUCCACACCACCAGCAUCUGCUUCGUGUGCUCGCACUUCGCCGCCGGUCAAUCACAAGUUAAAGAGAGGAACGACGACUACAAUGAGAUUUCACGCAAACUGUCCUUCCCCAUGGGUCGUCUGCUGGCUUCCCAUGAUUACGUAUUCUGGUGUGGAGAUUUUAACUACCGGAUCAGUCUGCCCAAUGAAGAGGUGAAGGAGCUGAUCAAACAGCAGAACUGGGACGCACUGAUCGCUGGAGAUCAAAUGGUGGAGCAGAAGAACGCCGGACAGGUGUUUAGGGGUUUUAUUGAAGGGAAGCUCGAUUUUGCACCCACCUACAAAUAUGACCUGUUUUCUGAGGACUACGACACCAGCGAGAAGUGCCGCACACCCGCCUGGACCGACCGUAUACUUUGGAGGAGAAGGAAGUGGAACUUUGAUAAAACCGCGGAAGAGUUAGAGCUUAAUGUAGUUGGAGCCCCAGUAAAUGAGGAAGACCAGUACCCAUGGAGCCCUGGAGAUCUCAAGUACUACGGGAGAGCUGAGCUUAAGACUUCUGAUCACAGGCCUGUGGUGGCCAUCAUAGAUGUGGAUAUACUCGAGGUGGAUCCAGACGCCAGACAUCAGGUAUAUAAAGAAGUGAUCGGCCUGCAAGGUCCACCUGAUGGCACUAUCCUCGUCUCUCUCUGCUCUUCUGGUCCCGAUGAUUAUUUUGAUGAUGCUUUGAUUGACGACUUGCUCGACAAGUUUGCAGGCUUCGGCGAGGUCAUUCUUAUCAGGUUUGUCGAGGAGAAAAUGUGGGUGACCUUUUUGGAGGGCUACUCCGCUCUGGCUGCUCUGUCGUUGAGCGCUUCCACUGUGAACGGAAAGACCGUAGACAUCCGUUUGAGGUGUCCUGGUUGGAUAAAGAGUCUCGAGGAGGAAAUGAGUGUGGAGAGAAUCUGUGGCAACAUCCCAACAUCCACUAGCUCCACCCUGCUGGCGGAGAACUCUGAGAUGGGUGAAGAGUAUGACAUGGAAGGUGAUGUGGAUGAGGAGGUUGAGGAUAUCUUACCCCAGCACCUGCAGCCUGGACUGGGCGCGGAGCCGGGUGUGUCCCCCGCCACAUCCCCGCGCAGCAGCCCGUGUCCGUCUCCCACCCACGGAGAGCCUGCACCUCCCAUCCGGCCUAGCAGAGCCCCUCCACGCACUGCCGGACCACCGCAGGGAGGAUUAAGCCCAGCAACCAGUAGAAGGGAACUGGCAGGUUCUCCUGUUGAGGGUCAGCCGGCUGGAGCUCUUUUUCAGGGACUAGAGCCAAAACGCCCGCCUCCACCUCGCCCGAACGCCCCACCAGCCCGACCUGCACCUCCACAGAGACCACCACCACCCUCAGGACAAAAAAGCCCAGGGCUAGCACGUGCAGAUGCAUCUGGUCGAGGUCAGGCGACUGGGUCAGCCCCUGUUGGUGCCCCAAGACCGAUUCCACCCAGAGCAGGAGUCAUCAGUGUUCCCCCUCAAGCCAGACCUCCCCCUCUGGCUCAUCCCGGGGCUCCCAGACCCACAGCAGAGGUUCAUCCAGGGGCUCCCCGUCCCUCAUCUGAUAAUCACCCUGGAGCACCAGAACCCCAAAGCAAACCAGCAGAGCUGCCUCUGGGUCCUCCCCCCACACUGCCAGGUCCCAUAAGACCUCAGAUGAUAUCACCCAUGCAACCUCAGCCUGAUGUCUCUCCAAUGCAACCUCCCGUUCAAGCCCAGCUGCCCCCACCCAUACAAUCUCAGCUCCCUGCACCCAUGCAGCCCACCUUUCCUGCCCCUCUGGUGCCUCAACAUGCUGCUGUGGCCCCCCUGGCACCAUCCGCUGGAGCUUCAGCCACUCCUCAACCUGGACUGGCCUCUCCCAAGCCUCCACCCAGGAGCCGAUCUUCUCACGCACUGCCACCUGAGUUCGCUCCUGCUCCGUCUCCUACAUCUCAGGCCAAAACCAUGAAUGGAGUCCAAAAAGAAGCACAAUGGAAUCUAGACCCCUUUGAUAUGCUUAACACCCGGUCCCUGCUCCAGAACACAUCAUUCUCUGCCUCCCUCCCUCGAUCCUCCACAAUCCCUCCAUCCUCUUCCUCCACGUUACCCGGCUCCCUCUCACUGUUCUCCUCCCUGCAAAGCCCCCCUUCAGCUCCAGACACCAGCAGCGCUCCGUGUCUCCUGCCUCCCCCCCUCCCAUCCCGUAGCAGGUCCCAAGAGACCCUUCGCACAUCCCCCAAUCCGUUCCUUGCCGACGCCCAACCCAGACCGAGCAGCACCAACCCUUUUACUGGUGGCUUGACGUCCUCGCCGCGCCGAGCCCUCACUCCUGAUUUUUUCACCCAGCAGGAGGAUGAAGCGCCCAGACAUGGCCUCAACAGAGCCAGGUCUGCUAUGGUUCACAGUUCAACACUACCCACUUCGUUCUCCAGGCAACAGUCUUUAGGUCCCGCUGUGGCACCAGCCCCAGCCAAACAGACCCAGAAGUGGGUCACCUUUGAUGAGGAUUCAGACUUUCUCCUGUCCGCAACGGCUCCCGCAUCAGGUGGGACGGGCCCUCCGUUGAUACCCGCUGCUCCAUCCCUUGCUUUCCCACAACCGCCCAGUAGCUUCCCUAAAUCUGCUUUUGACACGGACAACAACUGGGCGGCUCCUCCUGCCUCCUCAUUCCCAGCAAUUCCCCCUCCGAACCCAAACAGGACUAAUACCAGCAUCAGAAACGCCCACAUCCCAACCAGAAAUGAAUUCACAGAGAGGUGAUACAGUGAGCGGAGAGAGAGCGUGUAUGUAAAAAUGGAGCAAAUAUUGUGUGAAUCUAUUAUCUGUGUAUGGUUUGUAUAAAAGUCUGAUGCAUCCAAACUGAAAUAAAGUAUUCAGGCCCUCUCUUUGCCCGAAGCGGACAAAUGAUUAGCUGAAUUAAUGUUUUAUAGAUUUUAGAAAAGGGGCAGAGAGCGUGUGUGCCUGUUGUCGUCUACAUAUUAAUCUGUUUACACAAAUAUGUAUAAUAUUUUACAGUUCAAAGGCCAGAUUUAUUAUAUCACACAAGCAUUCAUUAUCACAAGCCACCUAAUUGGCCAAUAAAGCCCCACGCAUAUUAAAUGACCUGUAACAAGAGAGCCAACUUUCCUUCUCACGCUCUGUAACCCAGCGCAGAAGAAAACCCUAUGCUGUCAUUUGUUUAAAACGCACAAAUUUUAAUGCCUGGCUGUGUUUUAGACCUGUCCUUUGCCAUCUUAUCCAAAAGUGGGCUUGACUGUGAGCUGAGUUCAGAAUUUUUUGUCGUUUAUCUCAUUGCGAAUGUAUCUUUCACCUGUUUCUAUUGCCUAUGUUAAGAUUGCGCAUUAGGAGGGCAUGUGCACAGUACAAACACGUGUUUCUGUGCUUUACUGGGUCUGAUUUUCUGGAUGUUCACGGAA